AUGAAGUCAGAAAUCAUCAUCUCCAGCCCAGUAACUGAUAUGGAACUGCCAGCAAAUGCAACUGUAUAUGAAUACAUCAGCAGUAAAUUUUCGGAAUAUGGAGAAAAACCAGCUAUUACUGAUACCUCUAGUGAUAGGACUAUAAAUUACAAUCAACUGUUGGAUAUGAUUCGACGAUUUGGAUCUUCUUUGAUUCGGAUGGGAUUUAAAAAAGGAGAUGUAUUUGCUCUAUACAGCCCCAAUCUGCCGGAAUAUGCCGUUGCAGUCCUUGGUAUUAUUGCAAUAGGUGGUAUAGCUACUACUGUUAAUCCCUUGUACACUGCGGAAGAAGUGAUCAAACAACUAAAGUUAUCUGGUGCUCAAUAUAUCGUGGGUUUUCCCAGUAACGCCGCUAAUGUGAUAAAGGCAAAAGAAACCCUAAAUUUAAAGAACGCUUACGUAUUUGGUAAUGCCGAGGGUUUAACCUCUUUCAGUACAUUUUUUGAGGACGAUGGCACACUUUUCUUGCCGGAUUUAUCAAUCCAUCCCGAUGAUGUGGCGUUCAUUCCUUUUUCAAGUGGUACUACUGGACUUCCAAAAGGUGUUAUGCUGACCCACUACAAUAUUUGCAGUAAUAUGGCUCAGCUCAUGCAUCCAGAUUUCGCGGUAUAUAAGCAUGAUGGACCGAAUCUAGGAUUGCUACCAUGGUAUCAUAUCUAUGGUUUUGUUGUAAUUAUGGCAAUUACACUCCGCGCCGGCGGACAUUUGAUUUCCAUGUUACGAUUCGAUCAAGAAGUAUUCUUGAAAUCCAUAGAAAAGUAUAAGAUUAAGUAUGCAAAUUUGGUACCACCGAUCUACGUACUCUUAUCUAAAAGUCCAAUGGUCAAAAAAUUCGAUUUAUCUACUUUGAAGGAAUCUAUUUCUGGAGCCGCACCACUCGAUGCAGAAACCAGCUCAACGGUUAACCAGCGUAUAGGUUUUGAGCUUGUACGACAAGGCACAGUAGGGUUUGGAAUGACUGAACUCAGUCCCGCUUCUCAUCUGGUUAGGAGAAUGGAUGGAGAUUCAUCACAAGGAUCGGUAGGACAUUGCGUACCUAAUACACUUGCUAAGAUUGUUGAUGUAGAAACUGGUGAGUCAUUAGGACCUGGAAAAGAUGGAGAAUUAUGCAUAAAAGGACCGCAAGUAAUGAAAGGAUAUUUCAACAAUCCAGAAGCAACAGCUAAUACCAUCGACAAAGAUGGCUGGUUACACACUGGCGACAUUGGACAUUAUAAUGAGGAUAAAAAGUUUUAUAUUGUUGAUCGAUUGAAAGAAUUAAUCAAGUAUAAGGGAUUUCAGGUACCGCCAGCGGAGCUUGAGGGUAUCUUAUUAUCUAAUUCUAAAAUCGCCGAUGCAGCUGUUAUCGGGAUUCCAGAUUAUGAGGCUGGUGAAUUACCGAAAGCCUUCGUUGUUAAAUGUGAUGAUAUAACGGAAGAAGAAGUUAUGGAUUAUGUGGCCAUUAAAGUAGGUCCUCAUAAAAAGUUACGUGGAGGAGUAGAAUUUUUAGAGAAGAUUCCAAAAUCAGCGAGUGGUAAAAUAUUACGUCGUGAGCUCCGAAAGAGAGAGAGUGCAAAGAAAAAGGAUAAUUAA